UGGCUUUUUGGGCCGUAGGAUACUAGGAUCAAUGUCAAAGUUCUCUGGAGGGAAUAAGGCUGCGUCCAUGACCCAACAAGGAAUGCUUUUUUGGGACCCUUCCAAAACUGAAGCAUAUGAAGUACACUCCGCAGGGAUCAAGCCGCACGCCGCCAUCGGAGUGGCCGGGUCUGUGGCUUAGUGAAGAAGGAAACGAGAGAAGAGGUGGCGUGCACGCAGCAGCACCUGAUGCGACACAAGUCACGACGACCUCGGCUCGAGCCCGCGCCCCGUCUCGUCUUCCCCGCGCGGAUUUCUCGUCGGUUUCUCUUGCUGGCGCCGCUUCUUCCUCUUCCACUCCACCGGCCACCACAACGCCGCCACGAAAUCGCUGCCGUUGUCUAAAAGAAAGAUCUCUCCUUCUCGCUUGACAGGUUGUCGUCUCCUCUUUGUCCCCUCGCCUCUUCUUUCCCUCUCGUCUUUCUCCUAGGUGGAUUUCUCUGCCUGUGUCUAGAUGGUGCGGAGACGGCGGCAAGCGGUGGGGCAGUGACGGGGACGAUAUGGGCUUGUGAUUCCGAUCCGGUUGGGAGGUGACGACGAUGACACCGGUGAGGUCGUCGGUCGUCUUGAGAAUGUGUGACAAGAUCGGUAAUUUUGUCCAUCUUCUUGUCACAUUCCUGAGCAGCUUCGCAGUGGCCUUCGCGCAGCAGAACAGUUGCGUCAUGAAGAGCACGUACAGCUCCAACGUUCCGGAGAACGUCGCAGCCGGCAUGGCCAUGGGCACGGUCAUAGUGCUCCUCUUCUGUGGCUACUCCCUGGGGAUUUCUUAUGAUGCCAAGCUGAUCCUGGAGAAGGGAUAUACAUGCACCGGAGCACAAGUGAUGAAUGUCAUAUUCGUCGUGCUCAUCGGCUUGCUAGCUUCAGGUCAGGCAUCUCCAAGCAUGAGAGAGUUUGCAGGAGGCCAGGCUGCAGUAUACAAGAUAUUGGAAACAAUCAACAGGGAACCUAAGAUCGAUGCAUACAGCACCACAGUUAGCCAUGCACUGCGGUCAGCGUCAUGUUUUCUGUUGCCGGUGCACGUCUCAAGAGCCAGGAAAUGUAUAACUUGAGGAGCUUACAGGUACUACUACAGUUCUGCUAUUGGUGCAGGACUGCAUGAAGUUGUUCUACUGUCGAACUCCACGAAUAUGGGCUGCUCGCAUGGUCCUCUUGUGCUGACGAAUAUCGGCUAGUAUUGCAGGCUUCGGCGCUGCAAGGGGUGCCAGCGCCGUUAGCAGAGCCCAGCUGUCCCUGCUCCCAAGGGACGACGAUGACUAUUGCAGCCAUAGUGGCACCCACGCUUUGUGAGGCAGUGGAAGUAAAUUAACGACAUGGUCAGCCACAAAGCAGGUCUACUCGGGGAUUGCCAGAUUAGCAAGAUCAGUUUCAUGGUAACAUCUUGCAGCCCCUCCUCUAUAUUGUCUUAUUCUCCAAUUCAUUCAAAUGUCUUGGCAUAUUGUUUUGCUGUGUUGUUUUUUAUGAGCUCUACUACUGUUGUGUUGGUUUCUUGCCUUGUAUGCCUCUUUUAUGGUUUCACCCAAGAAACAAUUGGAGUA